GUCCUUGGGCCGCUCGACUAGAAGACGAAGGGGGCGUCUCCCCAGCUUCUGCGGCGUCGGUGGCGAGCUAAGGUGGAGGAAGGCUGCGGCAGCGACGGCGACAGCGGCGGCAGCACCAUGGAGGGGCUCGCAGGAUCCUUGCUGCCUUGGUGAUCCCAGGCUGACAGCCAGAGAGCACAGCGGCUCAGCUCCUGGAGAGAGAGUCGAAGAGAACGGAGGGCAGCCACCUGUGCCUGCUGGCUCCCAUUAGGUCGGUUCCUGCAGCGGUGCCUGGCAGCCUUGGUGAAGGCCCUGCCCGGCAGAGAUCAUGUAUUGCCUCCAGUGGCUGCUGCCCGUCCUCCUCAUCCCCAAGCCCCUCAACCCCGCUCUGUGGUUCAGCCACUCCAUGUUCAUGGGCUUCUACCUGCUCAGCUUCCUUCUGGAACGGAAACCUUGCACAAUAUGUGCCUUGGUUUUCCUGGCAGCCCUCUUCCUUAUCUGCUAUAGCUGCUGGGGAAAUUGUUUCCUGUACCACUGCUCCGAUUCCUCACUUCCGGAAUCCGCCCAUGAUCCUGGUGUUGUGGGCACCUAACAGCUGCCGAAAUAGCUUUCCAAGGAAGCAGAAGACGGGAGGGGAGGUAUUGACAUAGGUCAUAAAGCAUUUGGAGUUUCAAAUCCCGCAACCCUGCGGGUGCCACAUUCCUGAUGGAGCCUUUUGGCCUGUGAUGUUUUAUCCUUACAAUGUGAAUAAUGGCACUGACCAGUGCUUCUGUUGUAGCGUCUUGUAGUCGUGGGUGGUCUUAUGGUUGUGUGUUCUGUCACCAUCUGGGUCCCGGAUGAUGGACUGGCCCACCCCCUUGCUCAUCGUUGUGGGGAGUCUACACCCAUCCUGGUCAACCGCCCUUGGUAUGACCUGGGCAGAGACAAUGCUAGUUUCAUUGUCACCUCCAUGACCCUUCCUCAUCAGGAUCUUCCUCAUCAGGAUCUUCCUCCUCCCUCUUCAGUCCCUUUCCCUGGUUUCCCCUUGGUUCUUUCCCACCCCUUUCCUUUUGGGGGAACACCUGUCCAAGACAGGGCUUGUUUUUGCACUUAUCUCAAAUUUGAAGAGAUUGCUGAUGCCCGAGAGCCUCGCUUUUUCACCCUCCUUUCCCUGUCGAGCAGGUGAGACGGAAUCAUGUCUCAAUUGCUUGUUGUCCACAAACCUCCAGUAUUUUCUCUGCCUCAUUUUUAAGAGAGAAGCAAUGGAGAGACAUUGUUCUUUGGCUUGGGUGUCUGGGCUCUGGCUUUCCAGCCCAGCCUCUCUCCUUUUGCUCUUCCUCCUGCCUCUCUCAGCCGUCCUAAGGGAGCCACCUCUGGGCUCCAGUGCAUGCUUUUCAGGAGAGAGGUGUGCAGUGUUCUUGUAGACCCAGUGGUCCCCAGCUGAGUGAACAGGAAAGUAUUAUGUGUUUCAUAGCAGCCAUGAUUCCCUUGAUAGGUGUUUGGGUAUUUUUUGAUGUGCUCUGUAUGUGUGCACGCAUGCGUGUGAGAAUGUGUGUGUGUGUGUGUGUGUGUGUGUGUAUACGUUCAAAUACAUGUGUAUAUUCCUUGUGAAGAAGCUUUACUGAAUGUGUUCUGGUUUUGAGGUUUAGUAGUAGUAGCUAGCUGUAGUAGGUCCACUGCAGUUUUUAUUUAGCAUGGGGAUUGCAGAGUGACCAGCACAGUGGACUCCACGGUGGUUCAGACAAGACCCGGGGAGCAGUGGCCGUCAUCCUCCCGCCAGGAGCUCCUUCGUUUGUGCACGUAGACUGUACACUAUGAAGAAUACACAGGAAGACUUGGUGACUUGGUACUUGUUCUGUUUUCUCUGCGCUUCAGUAACAAGUGUUGGCAAAUGAGACUUUCUCCUGGCCCCAGCCCACUGGGGAUCAGCAUGGUUGUUCUUCCAGUCAGAAAUGUCCUCUUGUGUACGAGUGAGGGUGAUGGGCCAGGCACAGAACUGGAAGCAAGCAUCUGGGGAGUGGGACUUCGAGGCCACACUUGGGAAACACUUGGACUGCUGUUGUAAAGCUUUUUUUUUUUUCCUGGUGUCUUCGUUCUACAGCUGUUUGAAAUGUUUAAUAAAGCUUUAUAAACUUUACUUCGUGAUUUUAUGUGGCUACAGUCCAUUUGGGUCAUGGUGUUGGAUUUCUGAGUUGGUGGGGGGCAGGGUAAAAUACUCGGCUGAGUCCUUGGCGCCAGAGCACCUUAGCUAGAGAAUUUGAUCUGUUCUGUGGAGAGCAGAUGGUGGUGUUGGGGGAGGGGCAAGGGGCAAUCAAGGCGGUGAACAGGAGGGAGUCUGAAAGUUUUCAGAGAUGAGACAUUUGCACUUCUCAGCUCCCAUGGCUUCCCGCCUGAAACUGUUUGCUUCAUAGAAGACUUUAGUAAUGGAUCCCUUGAUAAACAACUUAAGACAGCUGGGGCUCUAAUCAAGGAUUUGUAUGGUGCUGCUUUUGAAGUAAAAAUAAGUGAAACCCCUCAUGGCAUUUCAACUGGAAAAAUAAAUAAGGCUUGCCAUCCACCCAGCAUAUCUUAGGUGAUAGCUAGAAGCAUGAGGGGAUACAGUCCUCUGCUGUAGACAUGUGUUAACUGUGGCUGUGACCUGGGACACUCAGUUGUGGCAGCAUGUCACGACCCUGUGCUGGGCAUCACCUCCAAGUCUCCUCCCUCUCAAAAAGCAGACUAGGAGCACUGCCUGAGAAAUGGGAGCUGUUGUGAGGGUUGCUAAGAUAAUGUUUGAGGAUGAUUUGGUGAUGUUAGGGAAGUGCACGGUGACCUACCUAGACUUUUCCUUUAUUAUCCAGUGGGAAAACUGGAUUUACCUCUGCUCUCCUGCCUUUGUUUGUUUGUUUGUUUGUUUGUUUGUUUGUUUUUGCAUUCCUGAUAUUGCUGGCCCAUGCUUUCCUCUUCUUGAUUAUAACUUUCCAAAGAGCCAGGUGUAGUGGUUCACACCUAUAAUCCUAGCACUUAGGAAGCUGAGGCAGGAGGAUUGCCAACCUAGGCUACAGAGUGAGAACCUAUCUAAUACAAAACAAAAUAAAAUGACCAAAGAUGUGUCUGUUUUAGAAGGGUUUUCUUUGAAAAUUGGCAGUGAUCGUUCUUGGGAUGUCUGUCUGCUUCGGUGUUGCUCUGAUCUCUUGAGGUCUUUACUAUGUGUAGCUGUUUGGAGUUCUGCAGAGCUCGACAAGCUGAGGAGCUGGGCGUAGGGAAAGGCCAGUUUGUUCAACAAGCACAGAGACCCUGUACAAGGCUUGCUGGGGAUUUGAGGACAAGCAGGCCUGACACUCCAGGACCUCAUGAUUCUAGCCUAGUGGGGAGACUUAGCAAAACAGACAACUGCAGAUUCCCAAAACAAAACAGACAGACAGAGGCUUUUGUGUCCCUCUCCUGUGGAGGCACCUGGAUCAGAAAUGAAGCCAAGAUCAUUGCUUAUUUUGCUCUCCGUUGGAAAGCAGCUUUCUGUCUUAGAUCAUGUGCUCAAGAGUCACAUAUAGGCUUCCCUCCAAGAGAUUUGUGGUCCUUUCAGUAGGGUGCUGAUAGCCCAUCCUUCUCAGGGUGCUUGCCACCUGGGGGUUCUGUCUGCCCACAGGGUUCCCUACAUCUCCUAGGAUGCUAUCCCUCUUCCUGAACUAUCUUCCAGGAAAGCAAAAAGAAGACACUUCCUGUGCAGAAGGCCCCCAGGCCUUCGAGGGCCUCACACUGCACUUCUGUUGCCACUGGGACUCUUUGAGAAGGUGUCCCGCUUCCGCUGUCAGUUCCUGAUCAGAAAAAUGUGGUCUUUGGAACAAACACAGUUCUCCCAGCCCUGGUGAUCUGGGAGUCUUUUCUGUUCGAAUCCUUGGCUGAUGGGAGAGCCCAGCCGAGGAAGGUGGCUGGACUGAGUUGGCGACAGAGUACUUGAGAGCUGCCUGCAUGUGCCUUGAUCAGUGUGCCAUGUGUGCCCAGACUCUACUUGGGGCAGGGAACUUCAUUUCUUCCUUCUCUGUGCUGAGAUCUUGUCUACAGCCCAUCCAUCAUUCAGCUGUCAUGCAUACUGUUGCUGAGCUAUGGCAGAGUUCCUUUAGCAGCUGAGUCCCUGGAGGGCAUGGCCCAUGAGUCCUGCUCAGGAGACCUGCCUUAUUAUUCUCCAGUUUUUGUCAGAGUCUCGUGUGGUGAGACCCUGGGACCACAGUGGACAGUUUCCACUGCCACAGUGUCCUCCAGACUAAAGAAAAAGGGGAGAGUAUUUACUGGUCAAGUCAUCCUAGAGAUCCGUGGCUAGGCACUGUGGCAGGGUUCUGAGGGUCUCAGGAAGGAGCUGAUGCAGACUAGGAGGACUGGCUUUCAGACCUGGAGAUCAAGUGGGACUGUGUGAGCAGUGAAGUAAUACAGGAGAUGCUGCUUGUCACCAUCUAAUCCAGCAUCUUGCCAACAGAUAGAGACUGAACUGCAAAGUAAAAUGAAGGACCACUAGUAUCUGGCUGCCUUAGAAACAGACCCCAGAAAGCUUCUGGGGAAAAAGGUCAGUCUAUUUUAACCUAGAACACUGACAGUUGGGGGGCACUAAGGGAGGGUUUUAAAGCUGAAUUGCUGCUAGCAAGCCCCAAAACCGUCCUGAGAGCUCCAGUUGCCAGCUGACGAGGAGCCAUCACAGUAAGCAGUAUGUGAGGUGGGCUUCGUCCCAUAGGGGUGUGUAGCUCACUGGGAGUGAGGAGAAAGGGCUUCCAAGUGGCAGUGGUGAGUUCAGCGUGGCAGUACUGGGUGAACAGGGUGUGUUGAAAUCAGCAUUGUCCAUCUGAGUCAGGCCAAGCCACAUAGCUGGAGGGUCCAUAGCAGCCUGUCUCUUUGGGGAAUCUAGGAAAGGGACUCAAACACUAGGGCCAGGAGUGGACUAGAAGACUAAAAACCCUCCUAGGAGGAGUCAAGGAGCCCUGGGUCUUAUGCUUGCCUUUGUUACUUGCACCUGUCCACAUCCCUCCACCCCCAGCCUUAGUUUCCUCCCCUUAAAGUGGAGGCCAUUAGCAUCAGCCUCAGGGUAGUCUCCAAUGGCACUCCUCUGUCAGUGGGAGGGCACUCCAUGUCUCUGACUAGGCUGUCUCCUCAGAGCAGCCAGUACAGGGGCAUGUGUGAGGGUGCCUUGUCGGAUCUGCUUGAACAAGACCCUCCUAAAGACAAAUCUCUGGGUAGUUCUGGCCUCUCACUUGCCCUGGGCAGUUGUAGAGAGCACAUACUUGGACAGCUUGCCCAUGCUGCCAUUCCCCUGUCCCAUGCUAGUGGUGACAGCCUUCCAAAAAAAGACAGGAAGACACAGAAGAUUGUAGGGCCCUGGGCUUGAUUCCUCACCACUUGGCAUGUGACCUUGUUCUUCACUGCUCAUGUUCCUUGAGGCCUGGUGCCCCGUUUAUUUAUUAGUUAAGGAAGAAGUCUUUACCAUUUCCAGAACCAUCUCCUGUGAGACAUUGGUGACCUUUACUCUUGUUACUUUAGUUUUUUGGUUUUUGUUUUUUUUUUAAAUGCUGGCUAAAAGUUGUUAAGGCAGUGAAGGAUUUAAUCAAAGGAUUUUGCAUUAGAGGAAUCAACUUUUUUACUUUUGCAUGCAGAAGUGCCAAGAAUAUCCAUGUAUAGCCAAGGCAGAUGUGGAAGGGCCCGUGAGGGAGGAAACAGACAAAACAUUUCAGUGGUUCCCUGGUUCCCACGCCUUAGCUGGAUCAUUGAGGUCCUGCAUGACCCUUAAUCCUAGAGGCUUUGUCACUUGACCAGUCACAGAACCUGCCUGACCAGGCCUGGCACAGUACCUGUUAGUCUGUGGCUUUAUGGGUAAAUAGGUGGUGGUUCAGUCAGUCAAUGCUAGACUCCUAAAGGCACUAGGUGACUGGUCUUUCCUAGAAGGCAGAAAAUCACCUCCCAAGACUCCUCUUGGCAACUCUGAAGUGACAAGGAUUAUUUUCCAGACUAGUCGUUUAAGAAGAACCUCCAAAAGCACACAGCUUGGCAUCCUUUCUGUAGCAGAGAGCCUAUGAGGCAAGCGCCUGGCAGGCCGGAGGUAGUGGAUUCCUGAUUAAAUCUCGUCUCCUGCCUUGUGCCCUCAACCCCAUGUGUUUGGAAGUGUCCUUUUCCUAUUGUCCCUCCUGCCUGGCACAUCGGUGAGCGGGCAGCCGUGCAGAGUGCAGACUCCCUGUUCUGCAACCAAGCCCAUCCCUGGCAAGUUGCUCGCUGCGUACAGAUUGACAGCGGCCCACUGGCCCUUCAUCCCUGAGCUCUGAUAGACCAUACACUGAGUUCCUGGCUGGCUGGCAUUCUCUUGCCUUUGCCAUCUUCUUUCCUCAGAAAUCGUGGGCAUCAUCACCAGUGACGGGCUCAGAACUGCCUUUCUUCAGGCCCACUUCACUGCUGGAUACCUGCAUCUCUGAAAACCCUCUGCCAGGUGUUAGCCUUCCUCCGGGCCCUCUGCCCAGGAAAGACCAGCCUCUGCAGCCCACAGGCUUCAGUUCUGUAAGGCCGCCUGCUCACAGACAGACAGGGUUCUUUGUAGGGCUGCUUUUAGUGGGUGGCAAAAGGGUUUGCUUAUUUUCACUUACUGGUCAAGUAUGAACUAUUGUUUCCACACUCAAGAGCCAUUUUUGUGGAUACUAUGUGAUUCCAUUUUGCACAGACAAGAACUGUGGCCCACAGGGGCUUAACACACACCCAACUCUUCCCAUAAUGGCCCUCAUAUCUGUGCCCACCUACAACGUGGUGUGCAGUUGUGGCUAAUACUGGAAUUGGGAAGACUAGCCUGGACCUCCUCAGCCCUCCUUAGCUGACAGCACUUCUGUACCUGUCUGCAAACCCAUCUUUCUGGCCCCUCGGUGUUUCCCAGGCCCACAGCCUUCUCUUCAUUUGGAUCCAGUCAUUCUGGCUGCUCAGUUGCACCUGUGUCUCUGAGCAUCCAGCCCGACUCCUUUUACCCGUGGUCCAUACUGCUGCUGUCAGCCUUCCCUCCUAACUUAGGGGUGCUCUGUGGCACUCAGCUCACUUUUGUCCUUUUACAAAAAUGGCAUGCUUACAGUCUGGCUGGCACCUCUGAGCUCCUUCUCCAGGUGCCAGAGACACUCACCUGUCCUUAACAAAGUUGGUCCAGAAAGGUGUCAGGGUGACAGCUGCUGCCAUCAUGAAGACCAAGAAGAAACCACUGCCUCUCUGAGGGGAUCUUACCAUCCCUCUUGGGAUUAGUGUAGUGAUAGCGGCAGAGGAUGAGAGAGUGAAGGGACCAAGAGAGCAAGGUCGUUUUCCCAGCUUUGAAGGGAGAGAGCUGGAGAGGCACCUCCUUUUGGACGGCUCUUUUUUAUACGGCUGCUAUUUGGCAAGUGCUUUUCUCGGUCAGAAGGCAUGAGCAUGUCAGCAGGACCUCCUGAAACCUCUCAGCACCCAAGAGUGGCACAGCUGUGCCCACUGUACAAGUGGCUUCCAGAUGUGAAUUGCCCAGGAGGAGAAGCAGACCUGGGACUUGCCCCUGUCCUUUUGUCCUCCAGAGCUUUACCUUAACUACUGUCCUCCUCCUCCCAGUCAUGAGUAGAGGAGGGGUGUCGAGCGGCGAAGGUGGAGUGAGGGAAGAUGGAGGAGGUUGAUGGGACUCGAGGGCUGGGACACACCUGCUCAGGGGGAAGCGGGGGAGAGAACUUUUUAAAAUAGUCAAACUGGAAAUAAAAACCUAUUAAAAGUUGAGGGUGAGGGAGGGAAGUAGAUAUUGAAAAGGUGUUAAACUGAAAAGCAAAGAAAUGGCAUCAGGAAAACUAAGGCUGGCAGUGAGCAAGGACAAGCGAUGGUCCAUGUCCCGAUUGCUCGGAGUGGACUGAACUAUUUAAUCAGGGUUAACCUGGGACAGCAAGCAUGGAACAACCCACCCACCCAAACCAAAGUGGCUUAGCCCUGGGCCAGUGACCUCGUCUGUUCUGAAACAAUUGCUGGGAGGUGCUAAAUAAAUAUUUGCUGAUAGGAAAUGAACAUCUGAAGUGAGAAAUGACAUGAAAUGAAGAGCUGGGCAUGGAGGCUUAUACUUAUCAUUCUAGCACUUGGGAGGUAGAGGUAGAGGGAUCAGGAGUUCAGGGUCAAUCUUGGCUGCAGAAAGAGUUAGAGGCCAGAGCUGUGUGCUGGUGGCAGCACACUCUAAUCCCAGCACUCAGGAGGCAAAGGCAGGUGGAUCUCUGAGUUUGAGGCCAGCCUGGUCUACAGAGCGAGUUCCAAGACAGCCAGGGCUGCACAGAGAAACUUUGUCUCAAAAAACCAAACAAACAAAAAGUAGAGGCCAGUAUGAGCUACAUGAAACCUUGUCUCCAAUAAAUAGUACACAAUCAAGUGAAACUAUCAGUGUUACGCUGCUGCUGAUGGAAGGGAACCAGGAGUCCCAUCCAUUGGCCAGAUGGGUGUGGCUACCUGGGGCGUUCCAAGCACUGAUACAGAUAGUGCUUAAGUCUAGGAAGACAACCCUCCCUUGAUCCACAGGUCUGCAUGGCGUUUGGGGGGUCUUAUGCCCUUGUGGUUCUUGAGAUUUGAGGAUCCCCUAGAGAUCAGUCUUGGAUGAGUUUUUUCCACCACCUAGGGUUCUCAAUUGUCCAGAUUUCACACAAGGGAUCUCCAACAAGAACUAGCAAACAUAGCCUGUCCUCUCUGGUUGUAGCGUCCCUUUCACACAAUGUGCCACUUCCCUGGAUAGAAAAAAAAAAUAUUACCUGAGUCUUAAAACCCAUAGUUCCAUUUUAUUUUUCCUCUGUGUUUUGUUUUAAAGUUUAUUUUUAUUUUAUGUGUAUAAGUGUUUUGCCUUCAUGUAUGUAAGUGCACCAUGUGUGUGCCUGGUGCCCAUAGAGGCCAGAAGACAGCAUUGGAUCCCCUGGAACUAGAGUUACAGACAGUUGUGAGCUGCCAUGUGGGUGUCAGGAACUGAACUCAGGUCCUCUGCAAAAGCAGCUACUGCUGUUAACUGCUGAGCCAUCGCUCCAACCCCUGUACUGUUUUUAGUCGAGAUUAGAUAGGUCAAGUCCUCAUCCUGAUCUCCCCCAGUGAGAAUGCUUCUCCACUGACUUGCCAGAGUUACCACCCACCACUCACCAGGCCUGUCCCCCAUCUGCAGAGGGAGGCCGCUGAACUAGGUUAUCCCAAGUUCCUUUUCAGUGCUAACAUCACAUCUUCAGGGGCUCCUGGGCUUGUGACAGUGCUGAUGGGGAAUGGAGACCCCAGACUUGUCACCUCCACAUUUGGAACAUGGAGGGAUCAAGAUAGCUGUAGUCCCAAGAAGGCGAACUUGCCAGGAACUGGCUGAGAUGAUUCUGCUGCUUGUGGUGAAAUGUCUUGGCAGACCAUUCAGGUAGGUCGGUACAGGUGAGGGAGAGGGUGGGGUUGACAUUCUUUCGGCCCCUGAGUGAUGUUUCCUUGCAGGAUUGGAUGCCUACAGACUAGUGGAUGCCAACUAGAUGGAUCCAUCCACAUUGGCAAAGUAGAGCUGGAGUCCCACGGACAGCAAGCUUGCUGAACACCUCUCACAGCCCUGCCCGACUGUCCUCCCGGAUCCUGUGACAAGUCUCUUCAGACUGCUGAUCACUGUGUGUUUUUGUGAGCCAAGGCUGUAUUUUAAUGAGCAAGGCUUUGAAAAGUGUCUUAAUACCUGAUACGGUAAGUACCCUUACCCUGUCCUCUAUUCUUUUUAAAAAAUCACCUUCUUAUAUUGCUGGUUUACUUUUAUAUAUCUUAUAAUUAGCUUGUCAAAGUUCCAUGGGGGGAAAAAAAACCUUAUUAAGUGAGACUGCAUUGGAGGGAAAAAUAGCAUCAUUAGGAUGCCAUCAGCUUCUCCCAUCUGCGACUGCGGCGCCGUCUCCCGUGGUCAGUCUCCCUUGUUUGGUGUGGUUUUGCUUUGCUUUUAAUACCUUCUAAUAAAAGCUGGCCCCGCAGGUCAUAGACAUCCUCCACAUUUCUUAAUGGCUUGACUCCUGAACACCUUAUUAGUUUUGUUGCUUUUGUGAAUGGAAAAACUUGCCCAGUUUUUCAUUUCACUUUCCAAAUUUUAAUCAAUUUGCUAAUCACUGUGCAGCAUUCACAGACACACACCAAGUGAACGUGCUUUGUCCCUGGACAGACAAAUCAGAGUACAGCACACGUGCAUUCUCAGCUAAUUGGCAAGGAAUGAAUUUGAAUGUUUGAAUUAAAUUUCAAUUAUACAAGUAAAACACAAAUACAUUUUCUUUUCAAUACAGUCCACAUUACAGAUGGGGCAUCCCUACUUGGCCCUUAGCCUCUGCCUUGGGUCCAUACACCUUCAGGGGAGAGCUGAUAUUAGUGCCUCUGUUUGUCUAGUGUUUGCUUGUGCCCUUUCCAACAUGUCUGUUCUUUUGUUGGUCUGUCUGCAUAGGCAGGUGGUGUCCACUGGAGGUGCUUUCUACGCUGUGUGCCCUGCAGGACUCGCCUCGAGCGGCUGUCUGCUUCUCCGUUCACUCCAGUGCUCCACGCAGCUGGCCGCACACAGCCGCAACAAGCAUGUCCCCUUCUGUUUUAAUGUUUCCUAUUGGUUGACUGUAGAAAUGCCUUUGGUGGUUUUCAUAACAAACACGCUGAGGGUACCCUUCACUAGUCCCCUUUUGCUCACAUACACAUAUUUCUGUAGGACAAGUACUUGGAACGGUUGGGCCACAGGGAAGACACGUCCUGAAUUCAGAUAAAAACAGCUACAGUCUCCUGCCAGAGCCUCUCCAACUUUAACAUUUCCCCAGUUGGAUGGGUAAAAAGACUGUCACGGGUUAGUGUACCCUGUCAUGCCACAGCUGAAGCUUUUGUUUGCCUUCAUUCCUAGUUCUCUCUCUGGAUCGUAUGGCCAAGUCCUUCUUGCUUCUCUGCCUCUGCCUGCUUGCCUCCCUCUCCCUUUCUUUCCCUCCCUCUUCCCAUCUCUCUCUCUCUCUCUCUUUUUCUUCCAUUAUUUGAGACAAGGUCUCACUAGGUACCCCAUCCUAGCUUCAAAUUCAGGGUCCUCCAACCUCAGUCUCACUCAGCACUGGGAUUAUAGGUAUGAUACCACAUCUUGCCCAUUUCUUUUCUUUUUCUUUCUUUCUUUCUUUCUUUCUUUCUUUCUUUCUUUCUUUCUUUCUUUCUUUCUUUCUUUCUUUCUUUCUUCCUUCCUUCCUUCCUUCCUUCCUUCCUUCCUUCCUUCCUUCCUUCUUUUCUUUCUUUCUUUCUUUCGAGAUAUUUUAUCUUUCAUUGGUUUCUGGUUCUUUAUCUAUUUCCUGCAUUUUAUAUACUAAUACUGUGUCACUAGUGACAAGUAUUUCUCUACAUUGUAGUUCCUUUGCCAUUUAGUUGAAUUGCUUUUAGAAACAAUUGAAGUUUUGAUGCGGUCAUCUGCUGGUUUUACUUUUACACCUCCUUUUGGCAACCUUAAGAAGCCGCCUUUAGCAGGGCGGCGGUGGUGCACACCUUUAACCCCAGCACUCGGGAGGCAGAGGCAAGCAGAUCUCUGUGAAUUUAAGGCCAGCCUGGGCUACAGAGUGAGUUCUGGGACAGCCAAGGCUACACAGUGAAAUCCUGUCUGUCUUAAAAAAACAAAAAAGAAGAGGCCUUCUUUUAUAUUAAUUUCAAGGCAUUUUUUCCUGUAUUUUCUUCUCUGGCAUUUAUAGUUUACAUAUAUAUGUUUAUAUAUAGUUUGUAAAUCUAUGUUUAUGUCAUGUAUAAAGAAUAAAUUCCGUAUUCACGAAUCUUAUCUAAUGUCAUCACCCUACUCUUUUGUAGAAUGUCGAUGGUAUCAUUCUAAGCCUGCUCCCUUUACCUGGUACCACCCCACUGGCCGGGUGCACUGUGUAAAGCCGUCCCUGGUCCUCUGCCUGUCUGCUCCCAGGCUUGCUGAUAGACUGUGGUAAGAGCAGAACCGACUCCCCCUCUCCGCUGUGCAGAGCUGAUCUGCUCAGCCUUGUGCCUUAGUCCUACCAUACAAAUUUUAAAUUUAUUGAUUUCCAAGAGAACGUUUGUUGGAGUUACACUGAAUUCACAGAUAAGCCUGCGAGAAAUCAGUCUCUCUUUUUUUUUUCUUUUUUCUUUUUUUUUUUUGGUUUUUUCAAGACAGGGUUUCUCUGUGUAGCUUUGCGCCUUUUCCUGGAACUCACUCGGUAGCCCAGGCUGGCCUCGAACUCACAGAGAUCCGCCUGGCUCUGCCUCCCGAGUGCUGGGAUUAAAGGCGUGCGCCACCACCGCCCGGUUCAGUCUCUCUUUUUUGUGUUCUCGAUGCACCCUCCCAGCCCAGGGCAUCUGUCCCUCUGGAGAAGAUGGCUGCUUUCUCUGGGUCAUCUUGCUUUUUGUUUCUUGAUGGAUUUAAUCCUCAGUCCUCUUAGUCCUCUUACAGGGUUUUCCUGUAGCUCUGGAUGGCAGGUCCCCUCGGCUCCUGCUUGCUUGACCCGUGUUCUCCAUCUCAACCACUCACUAAUCAGUGAGCUUGCUCUGCAGACACACACAGAGUAAACGUUCUUCCUCCCUGGGCACAAACACACGAGCACCGCCGAACACAGAGCUGGCAUAAUUAGCUGAAAACAAAUUAGAAUCUUUCCAAAUUACACUUUAAUUAAGCAAGCAAAGCCUGAAUACAUUCUCCCUUUUAGAGGUGGAAUGGCGUGGACCCAGCUGCUGUCUCUGCCACCUGAGACUGGGGCCUUCUCCUCCAGGAAGACUCUGUGCAGAGCUUCAGGGAUGUCUUUUCAGAAUAACAUACAUCUUAGCAAUGGUGAGGGGAUCUGGAACGGAUGCGGCCUAGUCAUGGGUGUUAAGCGGUACUUGUCUCAUUUACUGUCUGCCUGGGUCAUACUUACCUGUGUUCUGUUUGCCCUUCCAAACACCACUAUCCUGAAGUUCCGGUUUUUCCUCAGUCAGAAAGAGCACACAGAACUCCAAGGCACAGGCUCCAGAAACACUCUUCAGGGCCAAGGUAUCCACUGUUUGAGUUUUUGGUUGAUUUUGAUUUUUGAAACAAGAUUUCAUGUAGCCCAGGCUGGCCUCAAACUCUCUGUAUAACCGAGGAUGACCUUGAACUCUGGUCUCACUGCUUCCCCCUCCAAUUGUUAGAGCUACGGGCCGCUACAUCCAGUCAGAUUUAGACUCUUACUUUGCCUUCUGAAGGCCUUCCCUUCACCAGCCUUACAAAUAUUUUUCCACUUUUUUUCCUCUGAAAACUUGCUGCUGCUUUUCUUACAUUUGUAUCACAUGAUUGUUUUUCAGCUCUCACAUCUAACACAUCACUGCAGGCAAAGUUUAUUAGAGUGUGGUAUUGGUGUUUAGUUUUGAUACAUUUCAAAAUGGAUGACUACGUUUUCCAGUACAAGGUACUGGCCAUGCUGUCCUCUCCUCCAGUGAUUCUGGCUCACUCCCAGCUCUGUCCAGCACGGCUCCUCCUCUCCAGCCAUCCGUUGGCUCCCUGGAGUUGCUUUGAUAACAGCCAAAGCAAUCCACUCUGUUGGUUUUGUGGCCUCAUCUUGGUCUUGUAUGUUGUCACACAGUUUACAUUUUUGAACCAGCUGCUCAAGCUUUAAAACCUUGCUGGGAUUUUUAGGGGAUCUGUGCAUGAAUUUGAGGGAAAUGGGCAUCUUUAUCUUGUAGCACAUAUGGUGUCUCCCAGUUCCAGGCAUCUUCCUGCCUUUUAGAAGUUUGGUGUUUUUCCUCUGGUGACAGUCUUGCCUAUUUCUUGGUUUAUUCUUAGGUACUUAAGGUUUUGCUAGCAGCCCUCUGCUCCUGCUUGCUUGACCCGUGUUCUCCAUCUCAACCACUCACUAAUCAGUGAGCUUGCUCUGCAGACACACACAGAGUAAACGUUCUUCCUCCCUGGGCACAAACACACGAGCACCGCCGAACACAGAGCUGGCAUAAUUAGCUGAAAACAAAUUAGAAUCUUUCCAAAUUACACUUUAAUUAAGCAAGCAAAGCCUGAAUACAUUCUCCCUUUUAGAGGUGGAAUGGCGUGGACCCAGCUGCUGUCACCUCUACCAAAGUCCUAUAUCCCACCUCCCCCUCCCCCACAGCUUUGUGCAUCUGUUUCUAGGGCAUGCAUGAAAUCCAUGCGGGUGCUUUGAGGGAGUCCACUGUGUUGAGAGCUUGCCGGAGGCUGCAUCUUGACGCGCUCUAGUGUCUUUACAACACAGCCAUGCAGAUUCCGAAAGCUCUUGUCCUCUAACACAGUGGAGCAUGUAUGCCCUCAGUUCUCACAUUCUCCAUCUCCAGGCUCCACCAACAUUUAGUUGAUUCUUUGUCUUUAUUCUGUUCUGAGCAGCCUUUUCUUGGCACUGAUGAAGAGGUAGGAUGCUGGGUCUGCACGUUUUCAAUUUUAGCAGACUUCACCGGUGCCCUCCAUGGUUUCUGUACCAUGCAAGCAUCUAGCCAGAGGCUGACUUUAAUCCCCACACCGUGAGCAGUUGUCAGUGUUUGCCGAUCGGAUGGGUGAAAAAGUUAAAUCCCUUUUUAAAUUUGUAUUUUCCUGUUUGCCAGUGAGGUUUUCGUGUGUACAUUGGGCAUUUUUUUUAUUCCUGCCGCUCUGAACUGCCUGUUUUUGCAUUAAGCUCUUCAUUGACCUGUACAAUGUCCUGAUGUAAUCUGGAUAGUAAGCUUUUGUGCAUUUUGGACAAAUAUUUUUUUCUGGCUCUCAGCUCUGUGUAGACUCCUGUGUUAGACAGAAGUGACCAAUUUCGAUCUAGUGCAUUUCCUCAAUCUCCUUUAUUGCUUUUUGAAUAUAUAUCAUAUUUGGUUUAAAUGGACCCUUUAUUCUUUUCUAAUGGUUUCACAGUUUUUGUUCUUGGCUCUUUCUUGUAUCUGAAAUGUAUUUCUGAUUGAAUUGAGACAGCAUCUAACCUUUCUCAAAACGGACAGCCAAUUAUCGGAACACAAUAGAAUGAUCGGCUUGUUCAUCCUUUCUCUGCCGCUCUGAUGGGAUGCUUCCUCUAGACUGAGGCCCCAUUGCUAGGAGGCUGCGGGGCCCCUGGUUUGUUUUUUUUUUUUUUUUUUAACUAAUCUGUUUAUUCCUGUCAGCACAAGACUUUAAUUUGCCAUUGCUUUUUUACCACCUUUCGGUAUCUGUUAAGUAAAAUGCCACAUGUCACCGUACUUCCCUACAGCCGUCUUAGCUCACUCCUCCACACGGAUUUUAAAAGCCGCUUGUCAAAUCCUGUGAAUGCCGAGAUUAACGGGGAGACUGACAUCAGUACAAUGCUGUGCCGUUCACUGCAGGGACGAGGCAGAACUCUGUUUGUCCAUCAUGUCUUCCACACACCCAGCUUUCUCCUGAGAAACUUGUGGCUUUCCUCUCGGGUUUCUUUCUUUGAUUUCCAUUAGUGUUGUGAAUGAGUCCUCACUGCCGCCUCCCCCGUUUUGUUUGGCUUUUGUUUGCUACAUUUCUUUUUAAUCUCCUUUCUAAUGGCUGCACUUCAUUCACAGACACACACAAAGUAAAUGUUCUUCCUCCCUGGGCACAAACACGCAAGCACAGCCGAGCACAGAGCCAGCAUAAUUGGCUGAAAAUGAAUGGGAAUUUUUUCAAAUUAAAGUUUAAUGACACAAGCGAACAUGAAUACAUCCUCCUUUUUAAGAACCAGAGCACCGCUGCCAGAGCCGGAGCCCCUUCUGGCCACCUGCUUCCAUCCCAUUCCCUUCCUCUUCCCCAGGGGCAGCCACCGUGAUGGCUUGGUGUGGACUUUUCUAAAAACUUGUAAAUGUACCUGUGCACCCACAGGAAAUAGAGAAUUUUGUCGAUACUCAGUUUUUACACUGAGUGACUAUUAUUAAGGCUGCAGAAUGGGGUGGCAGGAUUGCCACGCAUCCUGAUGUGGCAGUGGGGGAGGGCGGGCGGGUGCAGGGAAGACUGAGCAGCUGUGGACACAUGGAGGAAUGAGGAAGGAAGGGGCAGCUAGAUCCCAUACCAGUCAGAGAUCACAGAAUAGAACUUUAAACCGUGUGUGGGCAUGGGGCUGUCAGGAGUAGUUUCCAAAGGCCCCAAAGCUUAGUCUGUCAUGUGGGACAUAGAGGUCUUACAGAUAAGAAAGGGGUAUAGCAGGUUUUUAUAGUUUUAUAGCAGGUUUUAUAGUUUUGAGACCUCCUGUGAACCCAUUUCAGUGUCAUGGGACUUAGAAGGGCAGCUUCAGGGCCCCGCUUCACUCCCUCGCCAGAGAUGUGCUGGCGGCUUUCCUGGCCUUCCCCUUCCCUUUCUGUCUAGGUGCUGCUGGGUGAAAACAUGAAACUUGGAACUCUGGCAGCCAUCCUGCGAUCAGGAGGGGAACGAGACUGCUGACUCUGAGCCAGCCUACCUGCAACCACUGACUUCUGGAUUGUUCACACUUGAAUAAAUGUUCUUGCUGUUA